AUGUUGAGUGAUGAUGAGAGGUACAUACCUCUAACAAAGUACGAAGAUGACCAUUCAAUUGAUGUUGACUCUAACCAAUCCAACAAUGGUGACAACAAUGAAAGUCAGCACAUUGUGACAGGGCCACCUCAAGAAGCAAGUGAGACUGCCAAACUGCUUCUUCAAAGAAGCAGCAGAUGUAAAAAGCCACCCCCCCACCUGCUACUGUGUGAUAUUGAUAUCAAGUGUUGGGGGAUUAUCUCCCCUUGGUCACGUGAUCUUUCAAACGAGCCUCGAUCGCGGCCUUUUUACGGAUUGCGAGCACAAGUUGUCAAAAUGGUGCGUAUGAACCCACUUGCCGAUGCCCUGAACACCAUUGAAAAAGCUGGUAGAAAGGGCAAAAGACAGGUUAUGGUUAGGCCAUGUUCGAAAGUUACAUGCAAAUUUUUAAUGGUUAUGAUGAAACAUGGCUACAUUGAUGAAUUUGAGAUGGUUGAUGAUCACAGAAAUGGGAAAAUAGUUGUCAAUCUCAACGGCAGACUUAAUAAGUGUGGUGUUAUCAGUCCUCGUUUUGACAUAAGAUUGAGUGAAUUAGAAAAAUGGACAAAUAAUUUGCUUCCUUCCAGACAGUUUGGUUUUUUAGUGUUGACCACUUCUGGAGGCAUCUUGGACCAUGAAGAAUCCAGAAGAAAACAUCUUGCCUCACCGUCAGUAGCAGAAAAGAGAAACGAGAAGAAAGGAGGUAAGAAUAAAUUGAGGCCAAGAAGGCGGAGUUCAGAGGUCGUGUUGUUAGUGUUGGCGAGAAAAGAGAGAGACCUCCUCGAAAUUAAAUUUGAGGUGGAGACAGAAGCCUUUUGCAAAAAUCAAGCCAUUACUAUAGUGGAUAGUGAACUAUUCAUGACCCAACACACACAAGAGCCCAUCAGCAUGAUCAACUGUGAAGAAAAAAACCCGACAGAAGAGAACUCCGCCCAGUGCCUUCCACUACUUUUAGACGAUUUAUUUAGUCCCAGUAUGGUUGAUGACUUCUUUCAUGAGAUUGAAGACACAAAUGGCCUAUUUAACACAGGUCCUGAUUUAAUGUCUGAUAUGAAUUCUACAGCUGACUCAUUCUCCUGGGAUCUAGAAAACUUGCUGAUUCCUGAGAAUAUCAACACUCUGUUUGCCCUCUCUGAAGAGGCUUCAGUCCAAAAGCAGUCAACCCAGGCAGAGAAUAUAAUUCAUAACGAAUCUAUAGAGCUGCAGCAGCAGCAGCAGCAAUUAGUAUCACUAUCAGAAAAUAUGACUGCAAUUAUUGAUUCAAUAUCUGCCGAUAUAAAAAUGAGUACAACUCCUCAAGAACAAUUACCAAUCAGUAAUGAUAGCAAAAGUGUUCAGUCUUUACAGCAAUCAGCUACCUCUUCAUUUAGUGACAACGUAUCUGUUGUAGAGAAAUAUCAUGAGAGAAGACAAAGAAACAACCUGGCUUCUCGAAAAUCCCGAGAAAAACGUAAAAAGAACAACCAUAGCAUUCUUUUGGAGAUUGAAGAACUCAGUUCAACCAAUGAAAAACUGAAAACAAAAAUUAAGACAUUAGAGGAAAAUUUAGAGAAAGUAAAGGGAGAAUUAUUUGCAUCAAUUGUUGCAAAGAAAUCAGCCUAA